UUGUCCAAGCACCACAAACUUGGGCUGAUAGUCCAUCGCGUCUCGCGCCGCUCCUUUCGCGUUUCUUUCACAUCCAGGAGGAAUUCAUUUGGACUCUUUUCCUCCAUUUUCUUCACCUUCUAAACUGACAGCUCUAUUAAUGAAUGGCUUUUCUCCAAAGUUAACAGAAGUGGGAAAACAGGCUGAUAUGUUCAGCUAAUUGAACGGGAGUUUUACUCAAGGACCAGACGUGUAACGCAACUAUGUCCAGGAGGAAGGUGAGGGGGCUCACUAAGACCGGGCGACAGGUGAGCGAGGACCCGGACCUCGACAAUUUACUGUCGAACCUGUCGCCCGAAGAAAUGGAGGAGUUGCAGAAAGAGGUUUCGGUCGUUCCAGACCCGGAUCCGAGUGAAAUAAUCAUUUUGGACCAAACGGAUUUUAAACCAACCUCGUGUGUUAAAAAGGAUUCUCAGUUGGGCAGCCAGGAUGAUGACUCCAAAAGCCACUUUCAGAGAAACCUGUCCACCGAGGGAGAGCUCAAGAAGGAGAGCCGGAAACAAGAGUACCUGCGUAAAAUGGGCCUAAGCCAAGAGAAAAAUAUCUCCAGGUCUGACAGCAGAGAUGAAGGUCUUCAGAGACAAAGUAGCCUUCCCACCUCUUCUUCCUUCUCGAAACAUGACAGCAGAAUGGAGGACAGGAACCGCAGACUCACAGAGGGGAACAAAGAUGACAAAGCCAGCCCUUCUCCCCUUUCCAAAAAGGAUGAGGAAAGUGAGAGGAAUGAAGAGGUCAAGGAAAAAGAACAAAAUAAUUGGAGUAAGCUCAAGGACAGAAAAGAUGCCAGGGAAAAUAGUAGCAGCAGCAGCAAAACCAAAGAAUUAAUAUCCAAGCUCAAAGACAAAAAAGAGGAUAGUACAGAGAAAAACAGAAAAGAAGACAGUCGGAAAAGUCAAUCUGGAGAAAGUAGAACAAAGGAGAUGAUCUCUAGGAUAUGGGAGAAAGAGGAGAAGGAGAGGGUGGAAGAGAUUAGGAAGAUUAGGACUUCCAGGUUAGAGGAAAAGCAAAAUCAAACUGUAGAAAACAAGACAGAGGACAAUAUGUUGAAUGAAAAGAAGGAUGACGUGGAUGUUAAACAAGUAACAAAGUCAAAUGAAAGUGGGAAAGAGGGCCCCGAGCUUGAAAAGGCACAAAAGAGUGAGGAAAACAUGAAGAUGAAGGGAAGAGGGAAUGUUCAGGAACACAGUGAGAUCACAAAUGAGGUUCAUGAAUCAGUCAAGGAGGAGAAGAUUGGAAACUGCAUAUCAGACACCAUUUCAAAAAGUAAGACCAAAGAGGAGGAAGAGGAGGACGAGUCAGCAAGCAUGUUUGAUGAAGAUUUGGAGAGAGUUCGUCGCAAUGAUCCGGAGAUGACUGACCUCAAUUUAAACAACUCCGAGGUCAUAAAAACCAAAACACUAGUUCAGUUUGCCGAGGCCUUGAAAAACAGCACACACAUCAAAACGUUUUCUUUGGCUAACUGCCGUGCCGAUGACCAUGUGGCUUAUGCUAUUGCCGAGACCUUACGCAAAAACAAAAGCAUCACAAGCAUCAAUAUGGACUCUAAUCUUCUUACCAGUAAAGGCAUCAUGGCUCUAAUCUACGCCCUCCAGCACAACUCCACCCUCACUGAGCUACGCUUCCACAACCAGCGGCACAUAUGUGGAGGCAAGUCUGAGAUGGAGAUGACCAAAGUUUUGAAAGAGAACUCUACUCUUCUGAAACUGGGCUACCACUUUGAGCUAGCUGGCCCUCGGAUGACCAUGACUAAUAUUCUCAGUCGCAACAUGGACCGCCAGCGGCAAAAGCGACUGCAGGAACAGAAGCAGGCUCAAGCCCAAGGAUCUGGAGACAAGAAAGAUUCAUUAGAAGUUCCGAAAACUGGCUUUGGUAAAGGUUCCCCCAGAGCUUCUCCCAAGCCAUCUCCUCUACCAUCUCCAAUACCUUCACCUGCCCCGUCACCUAAGUUGAUGCAUAAGAAAGGGGGCAUUGGACCUGGUGGUGGACCACCUCUCCUGCCACCACCUGGAGGUCCACCACCGCCUCCACCUCCAAUGCUAGAUGGAGCCUUCCUAAAGACCCUGACACCAGUGUCACAGAGGAAGCUUAAAGAUGGGACUGGAGGAAGAGGAGGAACGCAGAACUCAAGGGACCAACUUCUUGCAUCCAUUCGGGGCAGCAAUGUCACACAGCUCAAAAAGGUUUCAUUACCAAAGCUUUUGCAAUAAGCAGGCAUAGUGCAGAGAGAGAGAGAGAUUAACGUGGAUGAAGAAAAAGGACAGGAAUGAAUGGACAAACAUCUCACAGACUUGAGAAGACACUCUGAAUCUUCCAUACAGAGUCUUCCUGCUGCCCUAUAGAUGGGCAAGGACUCAUAUAUGGUGUAGUAUGGAUAGUAUGGACUGUAGAAAUGAAUGGAAGCAUGGUGCCGUCAAGAUGGUCAGAGGCUUAAAUGGCCGGUGGAACUGCACAGUUGAUUCCUUGCUUGUCAUUUGCACUAAAUGAAUCAAUUAAAAUUAUAGAUUUAUAAGUGUGUGUGUGUGUGUGUGUGUGUGCGCGCGCAUGGUACAGUCUGAAUUUUGAGAAGAUGUAUAUGUGGUUGUUUCUGCAGCUUAAUUGGAUCUUCUUACAGUUGACUGCAUUGAACAAUGUGAGACAAAACAACAUUCACCUGGAUUUAAUUAUUUUAUUUUCUGUUUGGGAAUCUCUAUAUCAAAAGCUCUUUCUGAUCAGGGAAUAAUAAUAAUAAUCAAGUUAAUAACAAUCAAAUGAAUCACAGUAAAGUAUAAUUUUUGCCACCUAGUUUUAAUUUAUCAAUGUUAAAUGAAACUGACUAGGAAUGGAAGUAGUCUCUGCACCAAAAGUUUAAUAUACCUCACAUGCUUAGAAGAAAAUUCAAUAUAUUUUCAUGCUUGUAUAAAUAUGAUCUCGUUUUUUUCAAGAGCACAGCUAGAGAAACUUUUAACAGACUGUUAUGCUCAUUGAAAAUAAGCAGUAUCAAGCACAAAUGUAUUGAAAAUGUAUUUUGUGCUGUUUAGAAAAUGUAAUUUGUGUUUAAUGAAUCUGACUGAUAAAGAUAUGAGUGGU